CCUUCUCUAUCACUUUCGGCUUCGUUCCUUCGCAGGUGUAAAGUUUUGCACGAGUUCUUCUUCGUCGCUGUUCCACUUCGCUCCUUCGACGACGAGCGGAAGUUACGACAUUUUUUGAUCGGAAACAACGGGAGCAAGCUGUGAAGGUAACUUUCUCCCUUUCGCGCGCUUCUUCGGCCAAAUCCCGUAAAUCCGCCGAACCAAAGGAUUUCGUAAAUCCGGGAUUUACCGCGAAAGAGGGAAUUUUCCGUCAACCGCGGCUUUGAUUUAGCGUGAGAUUUGGUUUUGCAUUUUUGGCCGUUUGGCUGGAUUUAGCUCAAAUCGGCUUCAAAUCCGGUCUAAAUCCUGCAUCCAAACAGCCCCUAAAAGUUCUGCAUGCCGCAGCGACCAUAGAAGGCAGCGAAGGAGAAUACUUGCGAUUUGAAUCUAGCUCGCCACAGGAUUUACUUGCCAAGAAAAGAAAAAGAAACUUUUUUGACAAGAUUUAGCUUUACUCUUGCUUAAAUCCAGUUAAAUCUUGCAACCAAACAGCCCGUUAGGGAGCUGUCAUCGCACGAUCAUAAUAUGGUGUUAAAUUCGCUCGUUCGAGAAUACAUUGGGCGGAUGUUGCAGGACAUCUCCGGCAUGAAAGUCCUCAUUCUGGAUUCACAGACGGUCAGUAUUGUCAGUGUUGUUUAUUCUCAAUCAGAACUGCUCCAAAAGGAAGUAUUUUUGGUAGAGCUGGUGGAUUCAAUGUCAAAAGAGCCAAUGUCACAUUUGAAAGCUGUUUAUUUUCUUAGACCAACAUCUGAUAAUAUCCAGAAUCUCAGGCGUCAAUUGGCUAAUCCCAGAUUUGGAGAAUAUCACCUUUUUUUCUCCAACAUUUUGAAGGUCACUCAAAUCCAAAUUCUUGCUGAUUCAGAUGAGCAUGAAGUUGUUCAGCAAGUUCAAGAAUUCUUUGCCGAUUUUUGUGCCAUAGACCCUUACCAUUUCACCUUGAAUUUGCACAUUAAUCACAUGUAUAUGAUCCCAGCAGUUAUAGACCCCCCAAGUUCACAAAACUUCUGUGAUCGCAUCGUGGAUGGUAUUGCUGCAGUUUUCCUAGCACUUAAGCGCCGACCUGUCAUUCGAUAUCAACGAACUUCAGAUGUUGCAAAGAAGAUUGCACAAGAAACUGCUAAACUUAUGUAUGAGCAAGAAAGUGGCCUGUUUGAUUUCAGGCGUACAGAAACUUCUCCAUUAUUACUUGUCAUUGAUAGAAGAGACGAUCCAGUUACACCUCUGCUGACCCAAUGGACAUAUCAAGCAAUGGUUCAUGAACUUAUUGGUAUCCUAGAUAAUAAAGUUGAUUUGAGAAAUGUUGGCACAGUUCCCAAAGAUCAACAGGAGGUUGUGUUGUCAUCAGAGCAGGAUGCAUUUUUUAAAGCUAAUAUCUAUGAAAAUUUUGGAGAUCUUGGAUUGAACAUCAAGCAAAUGGUGGAUGAUUUUCAACAGAUUGCAAAGAGUAACCAGAAUAUUCAAACAAUAGAUGAUAUGGCGAAGUUUGUCAACAACUAUCCUGAGUAUAGAAAGAUGCAUGGAAAUGUCUCCAAGCAUGUAACCAUGGUUACAGAAAUGAGCAGGAUUGUAGAGGAGAGAAAACUCAUGUUAGUUUCACAAACAGAACAAGACCUUGCAUGUAAAGGUGGACAAGCUGCAGCUUAUGAGGCUGUAAACAAUCUCCUGAACAAUGAAAGCGUGUCUGAUAUUGACUGUUUACGGUUAGUAAUGUUGUACGCCCUGCGCUAUGAGAAGGAGAGCCCUGUCCAGCUAAUGCAAUUAUUCAACAAAUUAGCUUCUCGAUCAGAAAAAUAUAAGUCUGAAGUUGAUAAGUGGAUAUACAUGGUUCACCAGCUUGUACAAUUCCUCUUAAAGCAAGCAGGAGUUGAUAAGAGGACAGGUGACUUGUACGGCAAUCGUGAUCUACUAAACAUUGCUCGUAAUAUGGCUCGGGGACUCAAGGGAGUUGAGAAUGUUUACACUCAACAUCAGCCUCUUCUAUUUCAAUCCAUGGAAAACAUUACCAAGGGACGCCUUAGAGAUAUUGACUAUCCCUUCAUUGGGAAUCACUUUCAACAGGGCAGACCACAGGAAGUUGUAGUUUUCGUUGUUGGAGGAACAACCUAUGAGGAAGCACGCACUGUGGCUCUACAUAACGCUGCUAAUUCAGGAACACGUUUCAUACUUGGCGGUACUGUUGUUCUCAAUUCCCAGAGGUUUCUAAAAGAUCUAGAAGAAGCUCUAAAAAUAGCUCGGUCAAGCAUUUUAAUUUAAUCUCCAAGUGACUGAGAUCAAAGAAAAGACCCUCAGAUUUUUUCUUUUCAAUUUUAAAGCUGCUUCAAAUACUUGUCGCGCUCUUCCUUUAGCGAUUAACUUGAAAGGUAUCUUUAGAUUGUAGAUUCAAUCUCGGUGGUUACAUACGACUUUUUAAGGACAAUUGAAGUUGGAAAGUGUAAAUGUUGAGCAUCACAGCGGUCUUAUAUUUGAGCAAGAAAGAUUAUUUUUUUCAUAUAGCAAUUUUCCUAGUUUGACCACAGGAAAACUUUGUAAUUAUGAAAUCUUGAUGCUUUAUACCAAUAUUUUUUCUUUUUCUUU